UCGAAUAUAUAUAUUUUUAGGCGGCACAUUGAUUUUAUUCCGGAUAUUUUCAGUUUUGUUUUAUAAAUUUGUGAUCACAAAUAUGAGCCGAAGUGGAUACGACGAUCGUCACGGUGGAAGCAGUGACCGGUAUGCCAAACAUUCGAGGAGGUCAGGUGACCGACACCGACGUGAUAAGAGAGAAUAUUACUAUUCAAACGACAGUUACAAGAGUGACCACAGUAGAAGGGUGCCUGGCUUGGUAUCAGACCCGGAUAGACGUGGAGGAACAGCUGAUGAUUCGAUAAGCAGGGGACAACGAAGUACAAUGGACCGUUACAACACGAGUUCCCAUGCUGGCGUCGAUAUUAUUCGUGGUAACAGCAGGGCAACAAAAGACGUACUCUCCCCGCCAACAUAUACACAACACGUAUCUACAAUUACUCAACAUUACAACCCAAUCUCACAUAAAGACUCUUUGACUACAAAACGUAAGCGACUUCCCAUAAACCCGACAUUCUUAAGUAUAUUACCAGCAUUAGCUGGCGUGGCUCUGAUGGUAGCAGCUAUCAUUGUUGUAGAUUGGAAGUUCAAGUUAACGGUGCUUUCCAACCAAAAUCAAGAUAUACAGGUGACCCGCAUUGGAUUAUUCCAGGCUUGCUUUCAAACAAUCAUGCGACAACAACAGGUUGGAGCACCAACAUGCACAAGUGUGGAAAGUUUUAAUAGCGGAGCUGGACAAACAAUCAGUGAUCUGGAACAAGCAACACGAGCGAUGCUCAUAAUAUCUGCAAUUAUCGGGUUCGGAGCUCUACUUGUAAACAUCUACCUUGGGUUUAACAGAUGGGAGAGGGCACGGGGGGCAUUGGUGGUUGGUGGAUUUCAUUUAUUUGCUGGUUACUGCGGAGUUGCAGGUAUGGGUUGUUAUUCUUCGUUGAUCGCAUCCAGCACACAAACAACCACAAUCACAAUUGAAACUGCUGGAACAUCAUUCUAUCUUGGGUGGUGUGGAGUUGCUUUUAUGCUCACUGCUGCCACCAUGUGCUUUUUAGCUCAUUGUGCCAAGAGAAAAUGAUUCCACAAUACGACACAUUGCCAAAAGCAAAGAUUUAAUACCGUCCCAAAUGAUUUAUGGUCGAACUGUCUGUUCAACUUUAAAAAUCUUCAUGUUCGUGCUGUUUAAUCAAUAUUGCAACUACUUUAAUUCUCGGUUGUCACUAAACUUGCCAAGGUAUUGGCUUUACAUAAUUUUAUACGGCAAACGGUAUAUAGCAAACUUAUAUUUUGUGCUUUUACGGUAUAGUAGCUUUAAUCCUGAAGGAAAAGUUAAAGUGAAUCGAGUUCUUACUGCUUUAUAUAAACACGUUGUUCAUCGAAAUGCAGUUUUAUCUUGUUUAUUUUUAGUGUAGAUAUGUUUUAACAUUUGCCGAAAUAUGCACAAGGUAACAUUUUAAUAAACGAAGUUUAAU